AGGUGAAUGUUUGAAGACCAAUAUCUGGCGGGUCAGGAAGAGCAUCUACCAAUAAAAAUCCCCACACAGAGAAACCGCCGAAUCGGUCUAUUUGGCACAAAGAAGCAAUGUGCACUUUCCUACUAGGCCUUGAUGUACUUCUCUGCCAGGGACGAAAAGGCCUUCGGAUCCUCCACGGAAAAGCCGGAGCGGCCCGACCCUUCCUGCUUUACCGACAGCACAAAAUUGGUGCUGUUGUCGCUCUGGAACUCCCGCCCGCACCGGCUCGCCCACCACACGUCGCUGAGCGCCUGGCCCCAGGUCUUCUUUUUAUACCACGUGAGGGCGAGCUCCGGGUCGGUGCCGGGCCGGAUGCGAUCGAUGUCCCCCAGGGGAAUGGUCUUGGAGGUAGCAAAGGGAAAGUAGUACCACUUGAGGACAAGGGUUUUCUCCGUCAGGGUGACGUAGCAAUCGUCGUACACAACGACAGGGUCUGCGGUUUUGGAUUCCUCGCCGGCGGAUGCCAUUGUGCGUAUGCUUUUGUCCGCGUGUGCGUCUGUGCCUUGUGCUUUGUUGUUAAUUAAUUGUUCGUUAGGAA